AUGGAGCCAUUCCGAAGGCUUGGGGAGGCUUUAGGAAGUAUUAAGUCUUUGAUGGUGUUCCGAGACAAUAUCCAUAUCAAUUACCGGCAAUGCCUUUUGCUGCUCGACAUCUUUGGCUCAGCGUUUGACUUAAUAGCCGAGGAGAUGAAACACAACCUGAGAUUUGAUGAGAAGCACACUAAAUGGAAAGUUCUUGAGCAGCCAUUGAGAGACAUGCACAGGAUAUUUAAAGAAGGAGAGCUCUACAUUAAGCAUUGCUUGGACAAAAAGGAAUGGUGGGCGAAAGCCAUCUCACUCUAUCAGAACACCGAUUGUGUUGAGUUUCACAUCCACAACUUGCUUUCCUGCAUCCCAAUUGUCAUUGAAGCAAUAGAAAUUGCAGGGGAAGUGUCAGGGUCGGAUUUGAGUGAGAUGCAAAGGAGGAAAAGCGUGUAUGCGGAAAAGUACAAAGAAACAUAUAGAGAUUGGAAGCUUUUCCAAUGGAGAUUUGGGAAGCAGUACCUGAUCACUCAAGAUUUCUGCAAUAGAUUUGACACAGUAUGGAAGGAAGAUAGAUGGACUCUUCUGAAUCAAAUCAGAGAGAGAAAACUGAGCUCGGGUUCAACAAAGUACGAACGACGCCUCACAGAUCAACUUCUUAAAGCCCUAGAUGGGCCAGAGCCUUGGAAUGGGAAGCUCUUGCCUAGCUCAAUCCUGGUGGGAUCUACGGAGUACCAAGUGAGGCGAAGACUAGGCAGUGGAAGUCAGUACAAAGAGAUCCUAUGGUUGGGUGAAAGCUUUGCCUUGAGGCAGUUCAAUGGAGAAAUUGAACCCUUGCUGCCAGAGAUCUCUUCAUUGUUAUCACUUUCCCACCCUAACCUUGUUCACUGCCUUUGUGGGUUUACAGAUGAGGAAAAGAAAGAAUGUUUCCUCAUUAUGGAGCUGAUGAGUAGAGACCUUGGAAGCUAUAUCAAGGAGAUCUGUGGCCCGAAGAAGCGAAUUCCAUUUACUCUUCAUGUUGCUAUUGAUCUGAUGCUUCAAAUUGCAAGAGGAAUGGAAUAUCUCCACUCGAAGAAAAUCUACCACGGAGAAUUGAAUACUUGUAACAUACUGGUUAAAGCAAGAGGGAUAUCCACAGAAGGUUUCUUGCAAGCAAAGAUUUCAGAUUUUGGUCUAACUUCUGUUAGAAACUCCACCCAGAAAAACCCUUCAAAUCAGAAUGGAAGCCCACCUGUUAUAUGGUAUUCUCCUGAAGUUCUGGAAGCGCAAGAACAUAGUGAAAGUAGUGAGAAAAAGUACACAGAAAAGUCUGAUGUGUAUAGCUUUGGGAUGAUUUGCUUUCAGCUUCUAACUGGGAAAGUGCCUUUUGAGGAUAGUCAUCUUCAAGGGGACAAAAUGAGCCGAAACAUUAGAGCAGGGGAGAGGCCAUUGUUCCCCUUCUACUCUCUAAGAUAUGUCACCAACCUCACAAAGAGAUGUUGGCAUGCGGAACCAAAUCAAAGGCCAAGCUUCUCAUCCAUCUGUAGGAUUCUUCGCUAUGUUAAAAGGUUCCUUGCCAUGAAUCCUGACUAUGACAGCCAGCAAGACCCACCAGUGCCUAUAGUAGAUUACUGUGACAUCGAGUCAGGGGUUCUGAGGAAGUUCCCUUCUUGGGGGAGCUCUGAUCAACUAGCAUUAUCACAGAUCCCAUUUCAUAUGCUUGUUUAUAGGAUAGCGGAAAAAGACAGAAACUCAGGACUGAAAGAUACUUCAGAAUCAGGAAGCGACGCUUCGUUAUGUGGGGAUGGAAUUGUCACCCCACCAGACGAUCCAUUCCCAGCUACACCUGAAAGGAAGUGUUCACCUGAUACUAUGCACAAGAAACUUCCAUUGUUGAGGAGAUCUUCAGACGUGAAACUCAACAGACAACCAGGAACACCAAGAGGACGGUCUGCCAGACCUCCACAGGGAACGACCCCUCCUUAUCGUAGUUUUAGCAUGAGAACAAGUUCAGAAAGCCUGCUAACGAUGUCUCCAAAAAUGCGGAGGACAUCAAUGGCUUCAGAUAUGGGGUCGAGUCCAAGAAUACGGAGAACCAAAUCCGGUCAUGCCUCAGACUCUGAGCUCUCCUAG